CUGAUAGGUGGUCUGCUCAUGAACUGCCAAAUGCCCGUACAUGCGUAACUUUCUGAUCAGUUGGGGUAUAUUGCUCGCCUGAAUAGGCCACCAGAUUGGCAUGGCCAGUUGAAAAACACAUCGGCAAUAUGUCAUUCUGGGGUCGCCUUUUGGCCUUUUCACUAAGCAUCCAAUUUUCGGUUGCCCUGUUUUAUUAUGAGAACUCUCAAAAUAAUAGUGGAUUAGUGCCCAUUGUGAUUAACGAUGCUGCAGUGAACCAUAACUAUUCUGACUUUCAUGUUAAUUCAACCACUGAGUAUUUGUUUGAAUUUAAAAUUAAGAAGACCCUGUCCAAUGAUUCUCGACCUGCUCGAGUGACAGUAGGUUGUUCAGAUGCCACAAGUACUCAUCCAGUAUUAGUCGUGUUAAGGCAGGCUAAAGGGGUUUUAUCUUGGCAGCUUCCCCUUAUGGUGCCAACUAAAAGUAAUGUAGUGGAAUAUCAUACAACAUCGAGGACUCUUUGUCCUAACAGUAAUUACCGAGAUGUCAAUUUAAUGAUGCCACAUUAUAAAAGUCAAUCCUUUCUUCUUCAUGGUUCGGUUCCGAGUGAAGAAGAAGUAAUCAUAAAUAUUGCAACAUCAUCUCUUGUAGAUGUUCCAUUUUUCCUAAAAGUGGAAAUUGUUCCAGACUUCAUUGUUACUGCCAGUGAUACUAGGGAACUAGUCCCCGUCAGUCCCAGUGAGCCAAGAUUUUAUCAGUUUAACUGGUCUAAAGCAAAAAAUGCAUCCAAAUCAGUAGUUCUUCGAGUUGACUCAGACGAUGAAGUGUGUAUGGUUGUUUCAAUUCAAAAUAUCAGUUGUCCUGUCUUUGAUUUGGAGCGAACAGUGCAGUUUGAAGGAUACCGACAAACAGUCAAUUCACGAGGUGGCAUUACCCUCACUCGUGAUCUUUUCCCUGAUGGAUUCUACAUUGUUUUUGUGGUGAAAGGAGAUGACUAUGAUUGCACAGGGAAGAUUUCCUCUGUAUCUGUGCGAAGUAAAAAUGUCACAUUUUCAUUUCAGUCAACUGUUAGUUAUACAGAAUACAUCAGUGCAACAAUGGCCGCUUUCUUUUUCUAUGCUUCAUUUUAUGCUUUGGCUGUAUUUUUAUGUCUGGCAUAUUAUUUAACUAAUCGGAAUAGUCCUGACUUCAUCAAUGAACUUGUAAAUGCAACAUCUGUUCAGGCUGAUACAAUUGUAGCGUCUACCUCAGAUCAGGGAUCAUCACUCAGUAGGUCAAGAAGAAGUUUGGCCUCAACAUCUGGAAAUGAUUCUACUUUUCAGACCGAUGAAAUCCCUGAUGAUAUUGCGGAUGAAGAAUUGAUUGCUACGUAUGAUCAUUUGGACGAUGCAAGCACAGAUAAGGAUGUGAUUCUUUCGAAGAGACAUUUGUAUGUCUGUGACCUUGCACGUAAACCUCACAAAUCUUUACAGAGAAAGUCAAUGAUGUAUGUUGGAAGCCUUUUAACUGUUGCGACAUUUUAUGUUUUACCUGUUGUACAGUUGGUUGUGUCCUCUCAAAUGGUUCUUCAGCAAACUGGCAAUCAGGAUUUAUGCUAUUAUAAUUUUCUUUGUUCUUAUCCGUUGGGACUUUUGAGUGACUUUAAUCAUGUGUUUUCAAACAUCGGCUAUGUUCUUUUGGGCCUGUUGUUUGUUUUGCUUGUUUACCGAAGAGAUAGAAUGCACUAUAAUGCAACUAUCCAGAGACCUGAUUUAAGAGAGCUGGGUAUUCCUCAUCAUUUUGGAUUGCUUUAUGCUAUGGGUACAGCUUUGAUGAUGGAAGGUGUCCUUAGUGGUUGUUAUCAUGUCUGCCCCAACCAUUCUAAUUUCCAGUUUGAUACCAGUUUUAUGUACGUUAUUGCAAUGCUUUGUAUGUUAAAAAUUUAUCACACACGACAUCCAGACAUCAAUGCAAGUGCUUAUGCAACUUUUGGUGUACUUGCAUUAGUUAUUCUGGUGGGAAUGGCUGGCAUUUUAACUGGAACAAAGGGCUUUUGGGCAGCAUUUUCAGUGCUCCAUGUGUUAACAUGCCUAUGGUUAUCUGGUGAGAUAUACUAUAUGGGUAGGAUGCGUUUUGGUUUCUCCAUGGUUCAACGAGCAUGGAAUUUAAUUUUUAGAGAGAUAAUUCCUAAUCCAUGUGCAUUCUUUAAACCAAGAUACAGAAGUAGGCUGGUUCUUCUCAUUUUAGGAAAUAUGUUCAACUGGGCACUUGUUGCUGCUGUCUGGAUUUAUCAUCUUGAUAACAGUUUUGGUACAUACCUACUAGCAAUUUUUAUGGCUAACUUGAUGCUGUACACCAUUUUCUACAUAAUUAUGAAGUACCUGUGUGGCGAGAGACUUUUACUCCAGCCUAUUGCCUACCUAAUCCUGGCUACUGCAGGGUGGGGAGCAUCUCUUAAUUUUUUCCUCCGCAAGUCCACGUCAUGGGCGGUGACUCCUGCUCAAUCACGUGCCUAUAAUGAGCCAUGUCAAAUUUUAGAUUUCUAUGACAGGCAUGAUAUUUGGCACUUUUUGUCAGCAAUUAGUAUGUUCUUCUCAUUCAUGACAUUACUUACCUUAGAUGAUGAUCUAAUACAUGUUCCAAGAACGAAGAUUUCAGUUUUUUGAGAAGAAAAGAAUGUGUCCUUUCUGUAUUAUUUACUUUCACGUAUAUGUGUAUAGACUUGCUGAAACUGAACUGUGAUACUAUGUGUGGCUCUGUUGCCAAAAUUUUGUGUACCUUGCCAAAUCUUGUAAAUGUUAUGGUUAAAAAAAGUUGGGUUGUAUUUUUUCAUCA